GAGCGAGAGAGCGUCUCCAUGCUGUCUAUGCCACAGCUGUGGCAAAACAUGCUCAUUCCAUCCAUCCAUCCUCUCCUCCGCCACCUGCGCCCAUCCAUCCAUCCAUCGGCGCCCAAACCCGCGUGCGCCUGCGUGAGCCCCGCGUGGCCGUGGACACGCUGACAUGCUGCGGGGAGUUUCGCGUCAGAGCACACCGAGCCGAGUAUGAAAAUGCUCAGAUUCCGCAGCCCCAGCAUCCGCUCCUUGGAUCAGGAGAUCCUGUGCACCAUCCGCCUGCUGGACGACUCCGAGAUCUCCUGCGGCAUCCAGAGAGACACUAAAGGCCAGUUCCUGCUUGACCAUGUGUGCAAUCACUACAACCUUUUGGAGAGGGACUACUUUGGCAUCCGCUAUGUGGAUCCUGAAAAACAAAGGCACUGGCUGGAGCCAAAUAAAGCUGUGAUCCGACAGAUGAAAUCUCUGCAACCUUUCACCAUGUGCUUCAGGGUCAAGUUUUAUCCCCACGAGCCGAUGAAGAUCAAAGAGGAGCUCACAAGGUAUCUGCUGUACCUCCAGUUGAAGAGGGACGUCUACCACGGCCGCCUCCUUUGUCCGUUUGUGGAAGCCGCCUACCUGGGAGCAUGCAUCGUGCAGGCUGAGCUGGGCGACUACGACCCAGAGGAGCAUCCGUCAGACUACAUUAGGGACUUCAAGCUGUUCCCCAAGCAGUCGCUCAAGCUGGAGAGGAAAAUCAUGGAAAUACACAAGACGGAGCUCAGGGGUCAGUGUGCCUCCUUGGCAGAACUGAACAUGCUCCAAAGGGCUCACAACUUAGAAACGUAUGGAGUUGACCCUCACCCAUGCAAGGACUUUACGGGCUCCACAGCUUUCCUCGGCUUCACGGCGACUGGCUUUGUGGUCUUCCAGGGAAACAAGAGGAUCCAUCUUCUCAAAUGGGCCGACGUUAGUAAGCUGAAGUUUGAAGGAAAAACCUUUUAUGUCAUCGGGAUUCAAAAAGAGAAGAAACUGGUGUUGACUUUUCACACCUCGACCCCUGCGGCAUGUAAACACUUGUGGAAGUGCGGGGUGGAGAAUCAGGCCUUUUACAAGUGUGCAAAGUCAAGUCAGAUAAAGACAAUGUCGAGCAGCAACAUCUUCUUCAAGGGCAGCAGGUUCCGAUACAGUGGAAGAGUCGCCAAGGAGGUGAUAGAGGCCAGUUCUAAAAUCCAGAGAGAGCCACCUGAGGUGCGCAGAGCUCAGUUCGGCCAAAGUAGAAGCUUCAACUCUUUGAGCCAUAAGAACCUCAUCAUGAACAUGGAACCUUUGGUACCAGCACUGCCCUCCACCACUGAGUAUGAAGAGGCGGCCAUGGAAAACGGCAUUGUGGCUAUGCAGGACUCGGCGGCGUUGCCCCCCAUCAAACCGUCAACCGCUCCUGCAGAAUCCGAACAACUGCAAAGCAUCGACGGAGACAACUCUGCGUCAGACCUGCCGCCUCCCCAUGUUGCCAUGGAGACCUGCAAUAUCCGACCGCAGACGCCCAAAGUGGGAAGUGAAACGGAGGAAGAUGAUGAGGCCUCUGGGGCGCUAACCAUCUCUGAGCUGGUUUACAGCCCGUGUGCCAGCAUGUUGCCCACCCCAGUGGACGACAACCAAGGAGGCGUCGACCUCCUCUUCUCCUCCUCGGUCCAGGGCCCUGCCAGGCUGCUGAGGGAGCUCCAUGACGACCCUGACAUCCAAGCCCAGCUGGAGGCGGAGUGGGCGCGCGACCGCGCCUACGAGCGCACCCGACUGGCCGCGAGGAGCGGCGGCUUUCACGGCGUCCUGGGCGGCGGCCUUCGCUUGCUGUCAUCCAACGAGAGGCUCAACUCUUGCGUGCUGAGCGUCGCUCGCUUCGUGGCCGUGCUCAUGGGCGUCCUCGUGGUCACCGUGCCCACCUUGCUGCUGCUGCUGGAGUCCGACCUGGACGUGUCUUUCCUGCACGAGAUCAGGCAGACACCAGAGUUCGAGCAGUUCCACUACGAGUAUUACUGCCCUCUUCGCCGUUGGAUCGUGUGCAAGGUCAGUAUGGCCAUGGAGAACCUGUGGUGGUCCGACUGAGGCGGUGAGGUGAGGACCGCUCGACUGGGAGGCAAAUAGAGGGAGGUGUCACUUCAGGGAAAAACAGACACCCAAAAAUCUGUCAUUAAAGGUCUUAACUAGGCUUGUAUUAUCAUACCAGAGCGAGGCAAGAAGCAUUUUUAUCUCUUAGGUAACGUUUAAUAGAUGUCUGUGGCAAGGUCCCCUGCAAAGAAAAAUGACAAAAGGACUAAGAAAAAAAAAAAAAGAAAAACACUCGUCUCCAUGCUGACAAGGUAAUGCGAAUACUUAAAAAAAAAUUCUUACAAACACGUUCCGUUUGGCCCUCGUCUUCAGAGAGCAGCGCCUGAUUGGUCCCCGAGCAUGUCAAUCAGCGCAGAGUGGGUGGGAGUAGCGAUCGACGAUUCCAUCGUCGCUGAAUGACUACCACACUCCUAAAUUGACUCAAUACUGUAUAAACACAAAAGACACAUUGGUGUAAGCAAUGCCAGUUCUUUUUAAGGUUUUGUACAUUUUUACGCGACAGCUCUUUCAGGAAUUUUUUCAGUCAAAUGAUCGACUUUGAUCUUAUUUUGAAAAAAAAAAAAAUGAAUUUAGGGUU